CCCCGCGCCGCCCGGCCGGCUAGUGCAGUGGUUGCACGGGAGCGCGGGCUGCACGCGUCACUGCCGCCUGUCCCCCACCGCCGCGCAGCGCCGCGCAGCGCCGAUCUCCCUCCCGGCUCCGGCCGCCACCUGGGGAUCCAAGCGAGGACGGGCUGUCCUUGUUGGAAGGAACCAUGAAUUGGCAUUGUCCUUUCUUCAUCUUGACCACAGUGACCUUAUCCUCUGUGUACUCCCAGUUCAACUCUCUGUCGCUGGAGGAACUAGGCUCCGACACAGGGAUCCAGGUCUUCAAUCAGAUCAUCAAGUCACGGCCUCAUGAGAACAUUGUUGUCUCCCCACAUGGGAUCGCGUCCGUCUUGGGCAUGCUGCAGCUCGGGGCUGACGGCAAGACAAAGAAGCAGCUCUCCACGGUGAUGCGAUAUAAUGUAAACGGAGUUGGUAAAGUGCUGAAGAAGAUCAACAAGGCUAUUGUCUCCAAGAAGAAUAAAGACAUUGUGACCGUGGCCAAUGCUGUGUUUCUCAGGAAUGGCUUUAAAAUGGAAGUGCCUUUUGCACUAAGGAACAAAGACGUGUUUCAGUGUGAAGUGCAGAAUGUGAACUUCCAGGACCCAGCCUCUGCCUCUGAGUCCAUCAAUUUUUGGGUCAAAAAUGAGACCAGGGGCAUGAUUGAUAACCUGCUUUCCCCAAAUCUGAUCGAUGGUGCCCUUACCAGGCUGGUCCUCGUUAAUGCAGUGUAUUUCAAGGGUUUGUGGAAGUCCCGGUUUCAACCCGAGAGCACAAAGAAACGGACAUUCGUGGCAGGUGAUGGGAAAUCCUACCAAGUACCCAUGUUGGCUCAGCUCUCUGUGUUCCGCUCCGGGUCUACUAGCACCCCGAAUGGCUUAUGGUACAACUUCAUUGAGCUGCCCUACCAUGGUGAGAGCAUCAGCAUGCUGAUCGCCCUGCCAACAGAGAGCUCCACCCCACUGUCUGCCAUCAUCCCUCACAUCACUACCAAGACCAUUGAUAGCUGGAUGAACACCAUGGUACCCAAGAGGAUGCAGCUGGUCCUGCCCAAGUUCACAGCUGUGGCACAAACAGAUCUGAAGGAGCCACUGAAAGCCCUUGGCAUUACUGAGAUGUUUGAGCCAUCAAAGGCAAAUUUUACAAAAAUAACAAGGUCAGAGAGCCUUUAUGUCUCUCACAUCUUGCAAAAAGCAAAAAUUGAAGUCAGUGAAGAUGGAACCAAAGCUUCGGCAGCAACAACUGCAAUCCUAAUUGCAAGGUCAUCACCGCCCUGGUUUAUAGUAGACAGGCCUUUCCUGUUUUCCAUCCGACACAAUCCCACAGGUGCCAUCUUGUUCCUGGGCCAGGUGAACAAGCCCUGAAGGACAGACAAAGGAAAGCCACGCAAAGCCAAGAUGACUUGGCUCUGAAGAGAGACUCCCUCCCCACAUCUUUCAUAGUUCUGUUAAAUAUUUUUAUACACUGCUUUCUUUUUUGAAACUGGUUCAUAGCAGCAGUUAAGUGACGCAAGUGUUUCUGGUCGGGGCUGUGUCAGAAGAAAGGGCUGGAUGCCUGGGAUGCUGUACUGAAGGAUGAACAGGCGGGUUUCACGAUGUCUAGAUUUCUUUAAACUACUGAUCAGUUAUCUAGGUUAACAACCCUCUCGAGUAUUUGCUGUCUGUCAAGUUCAACAUCUUUGUUUCAUUCCUGUUUAUAUGUGUGACUUUCCAGGAGAGGAUUAAUCAGUGUGGCAGGAGAGGUUAAAAAAAAAAAAAAGGACAUUUUAUAGUAGUUUUUAUGUUUUUAUGGAAAACAAUAUCAUUUGCCUUUUUAAUUCUUUUUCCUGUCACUUCCACCCAAAGGCUUGAGGGUGGCAAGGGAUGGAGCUAGCAAAAGCCGUAGCCUCUUCGUGUGUUGUUUCUGUUGCUGUUGCUCUCGUUGUUUUAUAUACUGCAUGUGUUCACUAAAAUAAAGUUGGAAAACUAA